UGAUGCCCAUGAUGGGCUCUGUGCUUUGUGCCUGCAGUGCCACUGUCCUCUGUGUGCCCACAGGUCCCUGGCCCUGGGCCAGCAGUACACGUCCCUGGGCUCUCAGCCUCUGCUCUGUGGCUCCAUCCCAGGCCUGGUCCCCAAGCAACUGCGCUUCUGUCGCAAUUACAUCGAAAUCAUGCCCAGCGUGGCCGAGGGCGUGAAGCUGGGCAUCCAGGAGUGCCAGCACCAGUUUCGGGGCCGCCGCUGGAACUGCACCACCAUAGACGACAGCCUGGCCAUCUUUGGGCCCGUCCUUGACAAAGCGACCCGCGAGUCGGCCUUCGUGCACGCGAUCGCCUCGGCCGGCGUGGCCUUCGCCGUGACGCGCUCCUGCGCCGAGGGCACCUCCACCAUCUGCGGCUGCGACUCCCACCACAAGGGGCCGCCCGGCGAGGGCUGGAAGUGGGGCGGCUGUAGCGAGGACGCCGACUUCGGGGUGCUCGUGUCCCGGGAGUUCGCCGACGCCCGCGAGAACAGGCCCGACGCGCGCUCGGCCAUGAACAAGCACAACAACGAGGCGGGCCGCACGACCAUCCUGGACCACAUGCACCUCAAGUGCAAGUGCCACGGGCUGUCGGGCAGCUGCGAGGUGAAGACCUGCUGGUGGGCCCAGCCCGACUUCCGCGCCAUCGGUGACUUCCUCAAAGACAAGUACGACAGCGCCUCGGAGAUGGUGGUGGAGAAGCACCGCGAGUCCCGCGGCUGGGUGGAGACCCUGCGCGCCAAGUACGCGCUCUUCAAGCCGCCCACCGAGAGGGACCUGGUCUACUACGAGAACUCCCCCAACUUUUGCGAGCCCAACCCCGAGACGGGCUCCUUUGGCACCAGGGACAGGACUUGCAAUGUCACCUCCCAUGGCAUCGAUGGCUGCGACUUGCUGUGCUGCGGCCGAGGCCACAACACGAGGACCGAGAAGCGGAAGGAGAAAUGCCACUGCAUCUUCCACUGGUGCUGCUACGUGAGCUGCCAGGAGUGCGUCCGCAUCUACGACGUGCACACCUGCAAGGCGCUGGGAACGGUGAAGUGUGUGGCUGGGCAGAUUCACUGAAGUCCUGUGGGGAGCAGGACCUAAGCUGGGCUCAGCCCUCGCAUCCGACAGCAAGGAAUCCGGACUGUUGCCAGAUGCACGUGUGGUAAAUUACCUGGACCCAACCCGCCUGCUGACCUGGAGGCCUCCCUCCCUCUCUCAUCUCAAGUUUCUCACCCUACUCCGGAUGGUGUGUGGUUUUUAAAGAAGGGGCUUUCUUUUUAGUUCUCUGGGGUCUGAUAGGAACAGACCCGAAGCUUAUCUUUGCACAUGUUAAAGAAAAUAAAAAUGGAAAAAAAUUUCUACUCCAACAGAACAGGCUGGGCUAAUGUGAGCUCUCUGCCUGGUGAUAGAGGUGUCAGCAGGGGCAAGGUGGUUCCCAGGCCGCUUCCUGCGGGCCGGUCCAGGAUGCCUGUGAGGUGGGAGUUACGGAGUAGGGCUGCAGUCUCCUUUCCUCUGUCUACUCCUGCGCAAAUCUGAUACACUGUCACGAGCCGAUAAAAGCCAUAGGUUUAGUGAGGAUCAAGUGGUAGGGAGGCCCAAGGCAGCUGUGAGGGGAGGGUUUUCAGUUUUGCAGAAACUGGUAAGCUGUUUGAAGAGCAGCGGUGUGUUCUCCGCCUCAUUUUCUCUGUAACCUUGUUCUGCACGAGGCUCUUGUGAACUGCAGUCAGGCCUCAGAAUCUUUUUCUACCAUCCUGCAGUUUCCACCAUUAAUGCAGUUCUUUUUGGUGCAGUGGACACUGUAAAUAGGUUGUGUAUGGGGUGGAGGUGGGGAGGACAAUCCUUCUCCAGCCUGUAUGGCUUCCUAAGGGAAGGAGGGGUAUCUUUGGGCGAGGCCACGGAAUCCCUCCAGCCCUGCUCACCUGCAGGUUCUCCAUCGGAUCAAUGCCAGGUGAGCAGGUGGACUUUAGGUCACGUUAGUGCAAGUUAGAGAAAGGGCCAGUGAGAGAGGAGCAAUCUUUUCCUGAAGGUCCAGUUUUGAGACUAGCAGGUGUGGAGAGUAAAAAGGACUCCUUCGUUUCCUCUCCAGUAAGGACAUGUCUUCCUGCACCCUGCUUUCUUGGCCUGAGUGAGUACACAGACAUGCAGAGUCCUUGAAGGCAGAGCUGCUGGCAUCACCUGCAUGCUGAUAAGCAUCAAGCCCUGCAGUCACCAAGGACAGGGUUAGGUGUUCAAAGGGCGGCAAGCAGUCACCGGUCCUUGGGAAAAGCGCCUCACAGCUGAGUUCUCCUUGGUCCACAGUGGCCCUCUAGUAUCCUAGAGGGAGCUGGCAACACAGAGGCAACCGGCUUUGACAUAGGGACCAAUCCAACAGCUUGUUCUUAAGGAGAAUCAGAAAGAGGUGCAGCAGGGGUAGCAUGCAGCACAGUUUUCUCUCCCUUUUCUCCCUUCUCUUUGGUCCACCCAACACUGGCCCAAGGUCUCGGGUCAAGCGACCUUCCCGCUUGCUCAGGCAGGCUUGCCCAGACGGCUGUCCUGGAGCCAGGCCUGCACUCUUGAAUUUGCUGGCAACAGGCCCUGCUCAAGAUACACAUCCCCUCCCCUCUGUAGAGUCUGAAAUGCCCCUCCUCAUCUCACCUUAGACUGAAAAGUUUUCAAUCAUGUCAACCGGAUAAUGCUUGCUUUAUGUGAGUUAUUUCAGCAGAAUGGAUACAAAUUUUCAAACCAGCCUUCUCAUAUCUAUGUAUUCUAUAUUAAAAGUGAUAAAGUCAUGUUUCUGGGGCGUAUUCAAGUAGCUGACAAGUAAUUAUUUAAUAGUACAUUGAGUGCAUUGUAAUUAUUCUUGCCGUAGUCAGGUAAUAGUACCCAACGGAAAUUUCCUACCAACCUGCUGUAUCCAAAGUUUUGUAAAAAGUUGUAGAAGUUGUUGAUCUUUUUGAUUUUAUAUUCAAAAAGUCUCUUUUUAUAAAUAUUAUUUAUUAUACAAUGUAUAUACCUUUGAGUUAACUAAGAUUAUAUAUUAUAUAAAUAUAUAUAUAUUUGGAGAAAAUAUAUUUCAUCAUGCAGUUUUUUUCUGUUAAGUCAUUAAAGAGAAGGUAAACAAACUUAAAA